UGGCCAUAUGCGACUGACUAAACAAGUGCCACCAAAGAGACAAGCAGUGUGGUUGCUGUUGUUGUUCCUUUACAAAUUGGUAAAUUGGUCACUUAGUGCAGCUCAUCUCGGUCGUUAAUAAUGAAUAGGCGUGGCAUUUAUUCCUAUAAACAACAAGAGCAACAACAACUCAGGCAUAAAAACAGAAUGACGAUGUGAAGGAUGGUGCGGUGCGGAGCGGUGUCGUUAGCAAUGAUGUGCCAUUACGAGUCGAAUCAUGCAGAACAGCAAUUAAGUAAACAAGCUACAAGCUUUUUUUCUGUGUUCGAGCUAACAACCAGAAAAUGACACGCCAAAUAAUGAUUCAUGAUAACAACAACUACUCCAACACCAACAAAGAAGAAAACAAAACAUAAUUAGCUGGGAAAACAAAUGAGCAACCAAUUGUUUUUCUCUAUGCCUCUCUCGUUCGCUCUCGCCUGGAGAUUGCCGUUCAGCUCGGUCACAGUGGAUUCGUUCGUUCAUUGGCAUGCGCCAUGUUGGAUUCGUAAUUGGGAGGCGGAGUCAGUGAUUUGUGUGGUGACAGACAGCGGUGCGGCGCUUCAUGCUGCCGGCUGUGUGGUGGUGGUUGCCGUGUCGCUGCCAGGAGCUAAAAGAGCUUCUCCGAUUGGGGCAUUGGCCAAUGGGUGUGAGCACGAAAUAUACGUUUUCUGUACGCUACGUGACGAUUGAUGUGCUGUAAGCGACGUCAGUGCAAACAACGGAUACGUUCAGUACGCCGGAGACCUUUAAACGGUUCACUUAAGAGUGUGUCAAUAUUUGUCUUGUUAAGAAAUUAAUAUCAAAAAAAAAAAAAAAAAAACAAAACAAAUCAACUUCAAUUAAGAAUCCAGAGAAUCCCUUUCAAUGAUGAUAUCAGGUGUUGUGCGGCUUGAAUUAUCGACUAGCCAACGGUGAUUAGUACUGCAGGUGUGUGUGUUUGUGUGUGAAGAAUAUGUGCUCAUGACAACUUAGUUUUUAUGAUAAACACCAGAUUAGCCAAUCCAAGUUGAUUGAAAUAUACCUACUUAGCUAUUGAAUAAAUAUAUACAUAAAAGUGACAAAAUGGACUCCGAUCUACCGACAAAACUGAGCAAGUUCCCGACCCCCUUCUCCAUAGAGAGCCUCAUAGCUACUCAGCAUCAAGCUGUUCAAGAAAACAACAACAGAUCCGUCGUCGACGCAGGCCUAUCGAACAACAACGAUUUAACGGACGAACUCAGUGCCAGAGCAAUGGUCGCAUCAUCGGCGCUGGGAUUAACUAACUUCCCACUCUACAAUCCCUGGCUGCAUGGCUAUUUCGCUCAGAACCACGACAGGAUUUCUCAGCUAUUGGCAGUCAAUGGAGAUUAUAUGGCGAAUAGUCUUUUAAGGGAUCAACAUUUGAAGGAAUCCAUAACCAAAGCGAAUAACAUUGGCUUGAACGGCUCAAAUUCGCUACCACUAAACUGUAAAGUUUCUCCAGAUCCAGAAACACAGCUACAGCAGACACGUUUCCUAAUACCGGGUGCGGCAUUUGGUUUAGGAGCGAUACCAUCAUCCGCGGCCCUCAAUGAUACCAUACUCCAGCAAUCCGCCACUCUCGGAACUGAUUUGACAUCCCGGCAAAGACUAGCCGAAAUAAUGGCAAAUGGCUUGACGACGGAGAAUGUUCAGAAUCUGUCGAUUAAUUCACGCUUUGCCAACAAGGUUUUCAAUGAUGCCGCCGCACUGAGCAGUUCGUCCAACAACUCGAAUUCGAUGUCCUCGUCGUCCCAUAAUGGAAAGCAAGAUGCUGCACCUGGUUUUGGCCAGCAUCCAUCUGAGGAGGGAUCUGUGGACGUUGUUGACGAUGAUUACGAUUGCAGCGGCGAUUCGUGCAGCGACAUUAGCCUGACCAUGUCACCACAGAAUUAUAGAAAUGAAAUGGACAAAAACAAAGCGUACAAUCACACCGACAGCGAAGACUGCUCCGACGAUGAGGGCAAUUCGAAUGGCCACAAAGACCCCAACAACAGUGGAGGACAGAGUUCCAAAUCGCGGCGGAGACGAACGGCCUUUACAUCAGAGCAACUUUUGGAACUGGAAAGAGAAUUCCAUGCCAAAAAGUACUUAAGUCUGACGGAGAGAAGCCAAAUUGCAACCAGUCUUAAAUUGAGUGAAGUUCAGGUCAAAAUAUGGUUCCAAAACCGAAGAGCCAAAUGGAAACGUGUCAAGGCUGGGUUGUCGUCGCACGGCUUAGGUCGCAACGGAGCAUCGGGAACGAAAAUUGUUGUGCCCAUACCAGUCCAUGUCAAUCGUUUCGCUGUUCGCUCGCAGCACCAGCAAAUGGAGAAAAUGUGCCUGAGUGGUCCCAAGCCAGACUUACGGAAAAAGAUCACCUCUGACAACAGCGGAUUCGAGAAAUUCAACGCCAACGUCACAAGUCCCAGCACGCCUUUAUUGCCGCCAAAUACAGUCAACACACCUGCCACCUCUGCCGCCGUCAACUUGUCGGCUUUGACGGGCACCCUGGCAUUGGCACGUAGUAUUUAUUAGCCACCUCUGGUUCCCAUUUAUGGUGCACUGUAGAUUUCUAGGCAUGUCUCUCUAUUGUGUUUCCCCGUUUCCUGACAACACCUUAUGUUUCGCUAGUUAAGACAAUUUUUUUUUGUAAAUAAAUAAAUAAAAAAAUAAAAAACCAAAAUAAAGUUAAGAA